AUUAAACAAAUAAAUAAAAUAUGUUAUUUGAAAACAAUGAUAAAUAUAAGAAUUAAUUAAUUAAUACAAAACAGUUAUAAUUAUAGUAUUAAUAACAAUACCAUUACUUCUUUUGUUUCAUAUUGUAAAAUAUAAUUUUCAAAAAUAUCAAAACUUGUGAUGCUUCUUUUAAAUAAAAAAACAUAAUGUUAAAAGAUACUACAAGAACAUUCUUUAAAUAAAUACAUAAAGUAAUCAAUUAAAACGAUAAUCAUCCAAAAUAACAAGACAUGUGAUGUUUAAUACAAACAGAAAUCAAAAGACACAAGAAGAACACUCUUUAUGUUAAUCAAUACAAAUAAAUGAUUACAUAAAUACAAAUAUAAUAAUUAAAGCGAUAAUAAUCACAAUAAUAAAUUAAUACAGUUUUAAAAAGCAUAAUUUUCCAAAAUAACAAGACACGUGAUGUUUCCUAUAAACAAACAAAUCAAAAGACACAAACAAACAUUAACAAACAAAAGAAAACAGUAAUCGAUAAUAAGAAUAAUAGUAUUUAUUCUGUAACACAAGCGGACUUAUCCACAUUCUUCUUUUACACAAAUCCAUUUAAAAUCUAAUAUGUUUUGUUAUUAUUUAUUUAUUAUUAGUUCAUCCAGCGAACCAGAGCCGAGCUGCUGAGCCAAUCAGGAGGCUUCUUAAGUCCAGUCGGCUCCACGUCACGGGCCGGUCAGCCAAUAAGUGCAGAGCCCCCCCAGCUGUGCUGUCCCCUCUAAAGUUUGCUCUGAGAGCUAAUAGACACGAGAGAUGAUCAUGUUUUAUUAUCUCUCCGCCGCCCCGCACAGCCCGCACAGCCCGCAGCCGCUCAGCACUUUGUUUCUGUGACUUUCACCCUCUGGAUUCUGCGGGCCUGAGAUGGACUUUGGAGCGGGUUCUGGUUUAGUUGUUUUCUGGCCCUAAAGACCCGGUAGUAAUGUUAGCGGUGGGUCCGAUGGACGGGUCCCGACAGAGCGCCUUCCUCCUCAGCACCCCCCCUCUAGCAGCUCUGCACAGCAUGACCGAGAUGAAGACCCCACUGUACUCGGCGUACCCGCUGUCCUCCACCUCCCCGGCCACCACCUCCCCGAACCCGGGCGGCAUGGCCGUGUCCUCCCCGGGCAUGAAGAGCUCCGCGGCUGGGCUCGGCUCCCCGCAGCUCUGCUCCUCCGCCACCCCUCACGGAAUUAACGACAUCCUCAGCCGGCCCCCCGCGGCCAUCGCAGCGGCCGCCGCCGCCUCCUCCUCGGCGGGGAUUUUUUCGGGGCUUCCCCGGUUCAGCAGCCUCAGCCCGCCACCGCCUCCCGGACUUUACUUCAGCCCCGGCGCCGCCGCGGCGGUGGCUGUGGCCCGGUACCCGAAGCCCCUGGCGGACCUCCCGGGCAGGACGCCGAUCUUCUGGCCGGGAGUCAUGCAGAGCCCGCACUGGAGGGACGCGCGGUUCGCGUGUUCGCCCCGUGAGUAUCAUAACUCCGUGUUGCUGGACAAAGAUGGGAAAAGGAAACACACCAGACCCACGUUCUCUGGUCAGCAGAUCUUCGCUCUGGAAAAGACUUUUGAACAAACUAAAUAUCUGGCGGGGCCGGAGAGAGCGCGGCUGGCUUACUCUCUGGGCAUGACGGAGAGCCAAGUGAAGGUUUGGUUCCAGAACAGACGGACUAAAUGGAGGAAAAAGCACGCGGCGGAGAUGGCCACCGCGAAGAAGAAGCAGGACUCGGAGACGGAGCGGCUGAAGGGGACGUCGGACAACGAAGAAGAAGAUGACGACUACAACAAGCCGCUGGACCCGAACUCUGACGACGAGAAGCUCACACAGCUGCUGCUGAAGAAGCACAAGCCGGGCGCCGCGCUGCUGCAGCUGCACACGUCGGACAACGACAGCUCGUAAUUCUGCAGCUGCUUCUUUGUUUUUGUGGGAAAUGACACGAACUCACGGAGUCGAAACAUUUCAACAUUUCCUCUCUUUUGCACGCGGAUGGAGGACUUCCGGUCGGGACAUUCUGCAGAACAGAAACUUGUAAAUAGAAACGUGAGUUGUAUCCAAUAGAAAUUAUCCUGCUGUGAAUCUUUAAUGUGUAAAAAAAACCCAGAUUUUUUUUGUACAGCUGAAAACACUUUUAUUUCGUUUUGUAUUCACUGCAGACACACAAAAAACAACUUCAAAGGGUCCAUGAAGGCCUCUUGAUUCGCCCCUGAACGCACCACUCGCACCUGUACAUACAGCCGAAUAUUCCCUCACAUUGUUAUUUAUGUCUGCAGUUGUAUCAUGAGGCUCAUAAUGUAAUGCACUUUUAUUUAAUAAAAACUCAAAUGUU